AUGAGGGCGUCGUGCGUGAUACAUCAGUUUGUCGUGCAGCAGAAGGACGCGCGGCGCGGCGACGCAUCGGUGGCGGAGCGCUCAGUCGCGCACUCACCUAAGUGGCGCGGUUUGAUAGCUCCGAGCAUUCACAAUUGCCUGCAUGCAAUCUCACACCUUCCGCCGGCGUACAUGAUAUACAGCUUGAACGCUGAGGUGUUGGACACUGUAGUGAUGCAUAACUUAGCCAGAAAUGAACCCCUCUCCCGCAGAAUAUACAGUGCAAUCGAAUGCAGACAAGUAGACGCUACAUUCCGAUAUAAUAUGGGGAUGGUCCCCAAUUCAGAGGAGCUUGUAAGACAAUCGAUGGUAGGACAGGUGCGCGGGGCGCCGGCCGGGAAGCGCCGCCAUUGGCCGCGGCCGGGCGCUCCGCCCCACGCCUCCAACUACUCCUAG